GACUUACCCUGUGUGAUAUAGUGAAGGGUUUAUUCAUGUAGACGGGGAUAGAAUGUAGUAAGUUUACCAGUAGUGGGGAAUAUAAUUAUCUUAGGUUCAGGAAGAAUUAGAGGUUUUAUUUUGAAUGGAUCCCUUGCUUGCAAGAGAAAGAGAUAUCGAAGUAGAUCUCGAAAGUGGUGGGACUACCAGUGAAGAUUAAAGAAUAAGAGAUCAUGGUUCAUCAAGUUUACAAACAAAGAGAAAUAUCAGUGGAGUUUGGCGUGAUCUUUGGAGCUUCGAUAGAAUAGUCAAGGGUGAAAAUGGCAUAAACUCAUGUAGUAGUUCUUUGAAUUUCGGGGCAGUUGAGGGUGAGAAUGUAGAGUUCUUGAUGGACAAGAAUUCGGAAGGAGAAGAGAAUCGUGAACUUGUGGCGCUGGCAGUGAAGAACUUAAGGGAAGCGAAGUGCAAGAAGACAAACACUAGGAAAUCACCCAAACCACCACGGCCUCCAAAAGGUCCAUUGUUGGAUGCUGCUGACCAGAAGUUGGUGAGGGAGAUUGCAGAACUUGCCAUGAGAAAACGUGCUAGGAUGAAACGGCUUAAAACAAUGAAGAGGAUGAAGGACGCAAAGGCCUCAUCGUCAAGCACUAGCCUUUUUGCUAUGGUCAUCACAGUUCUCUUUUGCUUUGUCAUAUUCUUUCAAGGUAUAUGUAUCAGACGCUGUGCAAGUGUGAUGUCAGAGGGGUCUCCUUCACCCUCAGUUGGCUCAAGUGAAGGCCUGAUUUCUGUUCAGUUUUACAAGAGCUUUCCUAUGACCGGAAAUCACGAUCACGAUCUUCCCGGGUUUCUGAUUCAGUUGUUGGGAAGAAACCAGAAAAAUAGCUGCCGGAGUUGCCAAUGCCGUAUUAUGUGUAGUCAUGUACAAUGGUUUCCUCGGUCUAACUAACGUAAACAAAAUUUU